AUGGCCCUCAAGCGCCAGUUCCACGCCGACGACGGCGCGUACGGCGGCGGCAAGCGCGCCUGCUGGUUUGGCGUGGGCACGGGCAUGGACAUCAACAGCGUCCACGUCUCGGUUGCCAGCACGCCCAGCCCGUUCGGGAGCUUCAGCUCUGCGAGCGGCCCGACAUCCGCAUGGCGGCCUGCAGACGGCGACGAGGGCUGGUCCCAGUCGCUCGCCGACGAGGAGGCAGCGGCGUUCCCCGGGCACGGGCACACGCUCGACAGCAUGGUCCUCAGCGUCCAGAUCGACCAGUACGCCGGCGACGAGGGCAUGGAUAUCGAGAUGGGCGUGGCGUCGCCUGCGCCCCCGCCGAGUCCGAGCCUCGAGGCCGCCGCGACGGCGUACGCGCUCGCCCAGACUGCAGCGGCGUACAGCGAGCUCAGCAGUCCCACGGAGGAGGCCCUUCCCUUGCCCUCGUCAUCUGGCUGGCCCCAGGGCCAGCUCGCGCACGAGAUCCAACAGCAGCUCGAGCCGCUCGCGCACGGCCAGUUCGAGCACCGACACGGCGUGUUCGCGUCUUCAUCCACCACCCUCGCGGUCCCACCACCGACCUCGGGGUCACCCACACAUCCCCUCUCGCCCCGCUCGUCCGUGACCAGCACGCUCGCCGGUCCGCGCCCGCUCGCCGCCCCGCGCUCCCCGCGGCCCACCACCUUUCCCCCAGGCAGCCACCAGUCGUUCCCGGCAUACCUCUCCCCGCCCGUCGCCAGCCGGUCACUGGGCGGCGCGCUCUCGCCCACCAACCACAGCAUCAGCCUGCUCUCUGCAAACGCACUGAGCCCGCCCUCGGGCAACAACAGCGGCCUGCAACUGCACGCUGCCCGCCACCAGCGACCGGCCGCCACGCCCCUCCAGCCGCGCUCGCAGUGGCCCACGGACGCACCGCACGCGGACGCAAGCACCAUGUUUACGGAACCCGACGCGGACAUGGGCAUGGACAUUACCAGCCCAAACGUGAGCAUGGCGGCGCUGGCCAGCGGGGCCGAGGCGGACGAGAGCACCGAGACACCCUGGCGGUACUGGUAG